AUGGCAAACGAAGAGGAUGACAGCAUGCUCUACAAGUCCAUGCUGAACAAGACACUGGGGCUGCCAGACUUUAAUCAAUAUUCGUACUUGUUUGAAGAUGAAAAUGGUGAUGACACCGAGUCUUUACUCAACACGCCAUCGACAGAUGCUGAAAUGAGUGGUACAGCUGCCGACAUGAGUGAUAACAUCGGUAAUGAUUUACUCUCUGCAACCGGUGAUUCAAGGCCUACAGAGUCUUUCUCACAGGCAUUGGAGAUUUCAAUUACAGAACCCAAAGGCAUCAAUCAAAUGACACAGCGCAAUCAACAACUGCAAAACUAUUGGGAAAACCAACAAAAGGAGUCCCAACUUAUUGAAGAGAAGCUCUCCAACAUACGAGAUCGCGUGGAACAAAACGAAACUAAAUGGGAGAAAGAAAAAAACAGACUCCUGUCACCACAAUCUCGCAUUCCCAAACCUGGAAGAUCUAGUGCCUCAGCAUUGGAAUUGCAACUGGAAACGGAGAGGGAGAAACGAAUGGAGCUCGAAGUUAGAUGCAGUGCCCUCAAUCGACAGCUACAGACAAUUCAAAAGGAUGUAGAAUCCAAGUCAUCGGCAAGUCUUCGCUUAGAAACUCUAAAACAAAUGCAAAAGCGACAUGCUGAAGAGAUUGAAGAAGUUCAUGAACAAGGAAAGCGUGCUCGGGUAAAGCAUGCAAAGGAACUGGCAGAAUUGGAAGAUGCACUACUUCAAUCUCGACAACAUAAUAAAGAAUUGGAGGGGAAAAAGGACACAUUAAUAUUGGAAAUUGAACAAUUGAAGGGUGCCCAACAACUACACAAGGAUGAAAUGUCGGCGCUGCAAGAGAAGAUACAAGAGCAAAUCGAUUUCAGGGUAAACAUCGAAAAAGAGCAUGAUAGGUUGGAUGAAAAAUUCAAAAGACAAAGUCUCGACAUGACUUCUUUAAGAGAGGUCGUGAGUGGCAAAGAAGAGGAAAAGGCUGCAGCACAGGCAAAACUGGCGGCAACAGUAUUAGAGAAACAGCAACUUCAGGACGGUUUUGAUGUGCUGAAAGAUCAAAAGCAGAGAGCCGAGCAAGAGGUAAAAAACCUAGAACUUCAGCUUAUCGACACAGAGAAAAAGUGCAAGGAAGAAAAUGUAAAGACUGAAAUUGCCAUCGAACAAUGUGAAGAUUUGAAGUCAUUCAUCCACGAGCAUGGACCGAAAGCCCACCGCCUCGAAUUGGAGAUUCAACAGCUGCAGGAAAAUCACCAUAUCAUCACUGAUCAAUUGAAGGCAGAGGUCGAGGUAUAUCGUUGCCAAAUGGCAGACUUGAAAGAAAAGUACGAGGAAGAGCGCCAUGAGCACCGUAAGCUGCGAACUAAGUUGGAGCAGCUUCACGGAUCUGGGGACACUAACGAGCUUGAGGACUUUCGAAAGCAAGAGGACACGGUUUCAGACCGGCACGCAUCGUUCCAGAGUGAGACCAUGGGGAAAUUUGCAAAUGUUGAACACCGUUUAGCUAGUGGAUCCAGUAUCGACUCGAGCCUGCAAAAUCAUGUCACGCGAAUUGAAACUGAACAUGCUGAAGAGAUACAAGAACUGUUACAGGGGUUAGGUCAAGGGCAACCCGAAGCCACUGAUUGGUCAUCACAUUUUGAAUCUAGGAACGAAUCGAAAGGAGAUUUUUCAACUCCCUUCAAAGUGAAAUCAAAGUCUACUGACGGUAAUCUUUCAGGGGUUGUUUUGUCUCCAAUAUUGCGUGUAGAGCACUCGGAAACCGCAAGCAUGGGAUCCGAUAAUGUGGAGAGAAAGAUUGAUGGAUUGUUGGAAGAAAUUGAUCAGAUGGAUCAGGAGCGAGAAGAAAUGCUAGGGGAAUUACAGCAGGGAGCUCCAAAUUCCGAAAAUUUGAGACCAUCUGACGGUUCAAGGUUGAAUGAAGUGCCAACAAAAGUCUCUCAGAAGAUGCCCAACGAUGUCUCAGAGUCUCCUUUCAGUGAACAUAGCGCCGACAGUGAUCCACCUUCAAAUGAUCUUUUGGAUGGCACAAUUCUUCUCCUGAAUAAUCUCAAGGAUCUCAUGGAUGGUCAGGAAAGCGAAAACGAGAAAGAAACCUCAGUUUUGGAUCAACUAGAGGCCUUAUCCGAAAUGAUGCACGGCGAAACAAAUCUUUCAGAUUUCUUGACUGGCAGCAGAUCUAUCAACAGGUCAAGCGUGUCGGCAAUGCGUGAAUCUGUCCACUCGAGGGCAUCUGGAAGGGUUCCCUCUUCCCCAUUGAAGUCUUCAACAGUUCACGACGAGGAGUUUGAUGCCGGGUCUUUAAAGCAAAAAGAAGAAAUAUGGCGUAUGCUUGUGGCAGAACUCCGCCACCGCAUUUUAUUUUUGGAACACGAUCGCAAUGAAGUUGUCAGAUUAACAGGAUCAUUGCUUGAACGAGAACGGGAUGCAAACCGUCUGAGGCUCCAGUCUGCUAUGUCAUCAGCAAGACGGGAGGCAUUUGAAGAAUUUCAAUCUUUGCUGGAAGUGGGUGGUACUUGA